UUUGAGGCUUUCUUUUCUUUUGAUUUGGGUCAAAAGUGUAAUGUCUUCGGCAGAAGAUGUCUCUUCAAAUAAGGCACCAACAGGUACAGCGAAUAGCGACACGGAUAUAGUAAAUAUUGUUAUAAAAAGGCCUCGUGAAGACAAUGACGGAAAUUACUUUGAAUGUACUGUGCCAAAACGCUCAACUGUAGGGGAGUUGAAAGAAUUGUUGCAACAGAAACAUCCUUCUCACCCUUCACUACAAAAUCAACAACUCAUAUAUGGAGGAAGAAUAUUAGGGGACCCUGAACCAAUUGAAUGUAUAAUAUCAAGCUCUUUGUACCAAGUGCCCGAGGCCACGAAACCAGUGUUGUAUCUUGUAGUUCGAGGGGAAGGAUCUGCCAGAACGGAAGCUGCUUCUAGCUCUCCUUCUGCAAUUCCUGAGAACCAUGUUGCACGAGCCGAUAGGGUUCCUUCUUCAAUGGAGUCUGACUUGACGGAAGCACGGAGCCUUGGCCAAAGCAACCCCCAGUCUACCCAGCAGACGUCAUCUUCGACGGGAAAUGCCGUUUCAGAAACUUUGGAACUUCAACAAAUGUUGCAGAGAUACUUUUCACAGUUGGAGGUUUCUCUAAGGGAUUGGUCGCGACAAUUGGAACAACUUGCAAAUAUUUCAGGUACUAUCGCAAGGGGAAGUUCACCCAGUGAAUACAGUGCCUUCAGAAGUGAUAGUAGUGCUGGGUUUUAUCAGUCAAACAUAAACAGUGCUGUACAACGUGAAGAAAAUAUUACCGGUUCUCAACAACAGGUAAAUUCUCAUGGAAUCGAUAGGAAUCCUCCUCAAGAAGCAAGAAGACAAGAACAAGGUAGACAACAACCAGAAGUUGCCGCUCCAGUUUUUCAACGGGGAUUUGUAUUACAGUUCCAAGUUGAUUGGCAGUUGUUGAUAAAGCUGUUCUUCCUUGUACUUCUAUUGGGACAGGAUGGAGAUCCAUUCCGUUUCUACGUUCUCCUAUGUUUUGCAGCAUUGGUUUACUUGUAUCAGACGGGAGCGCUUUCUGGAAUACUAGCAAGAAUAAGCAAUCUACUCAACACCUCUUCCAUAAGCAGGCCGUCAAACGUUUCGCGAAGUUCCCAUCAGAUGGAAGGUCUGCCCGAAAGGAGAACUUCGAGAUUUCGUCAGACUAUUCGCAAUGUUUACCUAAAGAUAUACGUUUUUCUUUAUAGUUUCAUUUGUUCGUUAUUUCCUGCUUGGCAACCAGAUGCCGCAGAGCGUCCACCUCAACAUGAAGAUUAACUUGAAGAUUACAGGAAUAUAGUUUCUGUUCUGGAGAGUACUUGAUACAAAUAAUGUGAAUCUUUGCUAGUAAGCAGACAACUGUAGAGUCCAAAGAAUGAAUUGCCAGUAUUGUUGUAGCGAAUAUUUUGAGUCCAUUUGUGGAAAGAGGGAGAUGGUGGCAUAGAUUAUACUG